GCGUCCGUUACUCCUCCACCGCCUCCCCACCCCUCCCCCCUCGUCUCCGCCCCGCUCCUCGCCGGCGCGCGGCGGCGAGGCCCGCGCCUAGGGUUCGCGAGGGGGCCCUCCCGCCGCCCAUGUCACUCCGAUCCGGCGGCCGCAAGCUCUCGUUCGAGCUCCUCUCCAGCGGUCUCACCGCCGCCGACGACGACGCGUCCCCGCGCUCCCUCCCCGAGACCUCCUCCGAUGGCCAGCGCCGCCGCAAGAGGCGCUCCAAGCGCAAGCGGGGGGCACUCCAGAGCCCCCCGAUCGCGGAGGAGGAGCCGCGCGUGGACGCCCACCCGCCCGCCGCGCUCAGGGUAGCGGAUCUGAUGCCCGUGGUGGAGAAGGUCUGCCAGACCUCGGACGCGGAGCGGUCCGCGGCGGGCUGCGUGGCGUACGUCGGCGUGGAGCUGAGGCAGAGGAACGUGGCCGGGAAUGGGAGGGCGGUGACGUUCGCGGAGGACGCGGCCAGCAGCUGCGGGAGCAGCUCGCGUGAAAGCGCCGCCGCCGCCGCCGCCGCCGCCGCGGUGCCGGAUGUGAUUGACCCGGCCCGGCGGCCUGAGGCGAAUGGCGUUGUGAAGAAACUGGAGAAGGAUGAGUCUCUGGACUGGGAAAAGUACAUCAAGGAGAACAGCAACGUUCUCGGAGAAGUCGAGCGCCGGGACAAUUCACCAUUCAGAUACUUCAUUGGAGAAAUGUAUAGCGGCAAUUCACUUAGGAGUACAAUUGCAGUGGGUAAUGACAAGAAGCGACAGCGGGUCUACAACACUAUGUUUCAUGUGCCUUGGAGAUGUGAACGGCUAAUUGUCGCAGGAUUCUUUGUCUGCUUGGAUUCCUUUCUGUCUUUGCUCACCAUUAUGCCUGCAAGAAUUGUGAUGACAGUUUGGCGAAUUCUGAAAACCAGGCAGUUUCUUCGGCCAAAUGCUGCUGAUUUAUCAGAUUAUGGAUGUUUUGUAGUUCUAGCCCUAGGAGUUGCUUCUUUGCAAAUGAUAGAUAUUAGUUUGAUUUACCAUGUCAUUCGUGGCCAGGGCACGAUCAAGCUCUAUGUGGUAUACAACGUACUAGAGAUCUUUGACAAACUAUGUCAAUCAUUUGGCGAGGAUGUGUUGCAAGUUUUGUUCAACUCAGCUGAGGGACUGUCAACGUGUUCAACUGACAGGGUCACAUUCGAACUGUUGCGGUUCCUUUUGGAUGGGGCUAUUGCUGUCCUUGCAUUUGUUGUGCAUUCAUUUGUCCUCUUAGCCCAAGCUAUCACCCUGUCAACAUGUAUUAUUGCCCAUAACAAUGCACUAUUGGCUCUUUUGGUGUCCAAUAAUUUUGCUGAGAUUAAAAGCAAUGUAUUUAAGAAAGUUAGCAAAGAGAACCUUCACAAUCUGGUUUACUAUGAUAUCAUUGAGAGGUUUCACAUCACAGCAUUUUUACUGUUUGUACUAGCUCAAAAUAUCUUGGAAGCAGAGGGGCCAUGGUUUGACAGUUUUCUUAUUAAUGCCUCCUAUGUAUUUAUGUGUGAAGUACUUAUUGAUGCUAUCAAGCAUUCAUUCCUUGCAAAAUUUAAUGAGAUAAAGCCAGUUGCUUAUUCAGAGUUUCUGGAAGACUUAUCCAAGCAGAUAUUGAAUGAGCAACCUGAUGACCGUCAGAAAGAUCUAACAUUCAUCCCCCUUGCCCCUGCUUGUGUGGUAAUUCGUGUACUGACUCCAGUGUAUGCCACCCUGCUUCCUGCUGGGCCGUUUAUCUGGAGAAUAUUCUGGAUCUUGCUCUGGUCAGUUCUGACCUAUUUUAUGCUCGCCAUCUUCAAGAUACUAGUGGGAUUGAUACUGCGUUGCCUCGCGACUUGGUAUAUCAAUCUACGUCUCACAAGAAAACAACAUGCGGACUGAGCACCUGACGCCGUAAUCCUGGUGUUAAGAUGACAGCAUCCUUGAGAAGACAACUUGAUGUGGUGCGCGAAGUACAGCAACUACCACAUCAGCCAUGAGUUCGGUCACCUGCCCAUAUGAUGAAAUCUUGAUAGUGUAGUACAGCACAGAGGAACAUGACAAAUAUAUCUUCUUUUUCAGCGAACUGUUUCAAUCGAUUCAAGGAACUAGGCAUAGUCCAAUUUUGCUGUGUUUAUAAUAUCUUUCUGUCGUCCUUUUGUGGAUAGAUAGUUCAUAGCUUCCAUCCUAAAGUUAUUGCCUCGACCCAGAGAAGAUUUUUGUAAAGCCUUGCGGAGCUAUCUGUUUUGUACCAUUCAUUUGAGAAGAAAGUAUGGCAGCUUCGUCGGCAGUGGCUUUCUUCUUCUAGUCUUUCUGUGUCACACAGUGAGAAUGUAACAACUUAUGGCUCGUGUCUGUGCUGGGCGUGGUAGCGUUUUCCUUUUUCUAGCCGUUCAGAUUAUUGCCAAAAAAUAAAAUUAUGGCAAAUAUUCUUUUUGAGCAAACCGUUUCAGGGAACUAGGUCCAAUUUUGCCUUGUGUAUCUUUCUGUCAUCUUUCUUGGAUAGUUCAUAGUUUCAUCCUAAUAUAUGGCAAGGCGUCCUUCACCAUGCUUGUUUCAUAGACUAUUUAGAACGAGCGAAACGCAAGAGUUUUCAAGCACAAGAGCGCACCACUGAUGAUAUUGCUUGCCUCCAUCCAUCGUGAUCGAGGCCAACCUUUGGAUAUAUUGCUUGCCUCCAUCCAUCGUGAUCGAGGCCAACCUUUGGAUCAUUGCUGGUGCCAAAAAACUAGGGUCCAUAAUUUUGUGAGAUUAAUCUCAUGUCGUGUAUCUGGGUUACUUGUAACAAACUCUAUUUCUCCCUUAUUUAAUGGAUGAUGCAAAGCUUUUGUCUUCGUUUUAAAAAAUAAAAUAAAAAUAGUUUCAUCCUAUUUCAUCCUAACGUUGUCUGCCUCAACCUAGAGAAGAUUUUUCCAAAGCCUUGAGGAUCUGUCUGUUUUGUACAAUGCAUUUGAGAACUCUGCUAUGAUUUGGGAUAUCUGAUAUGGUUGAUAAAUCAUUAAUGUGGAUCAAUGAUUUGCAGAACUUGACCUACCAGCUAGACAGCGACCGAAAGAGGUUCAUCCUCAGAUCGUUGCUCUUCUUAAUCAAGUUUGGCAGGACAAACUCAUGGCGCCACAGGUACAACCAUUUGCUUGGAGACUUCUUAGGAGAGCGCUUCCUACAGGUAAGAGAGCAAGUAAAUUCUCUAAACACCUCCAGGUGUGGCAAUACAGAGGAUGAAAUGCACAUGUUUUUUCUUUGCCCUUUCUCUAAGGCAGCCUGGUUUUGCUCACCUUGGUUUAUUAAAACGGAAAUCCUUGCUGCUGUUAACCAUUUUAUUCCUAUCAUGAUCCAAACUUUGCUUAACUCUGGCCAUCCACAAAUUAAUCCUUCUAACUUGUAUACUUUUCUAUGGUGCCUGUGGAAAUCUCGAAAUGAUGCUCUCUUUGCUAGGAAAUUUUGCAGGCCCUCUCAGGUGUAUGCAGCGGCAAACGCAAUCAUACAAGGAACCAAAUUAGGAGAAAUCCCUGCUGAAGCUCAUGCUAUGCAUUGCUUACAGGACCAACUGGUGCAACCGACAAUACAAAAUCCACACUCUUUUUCAGGCAACACAAUCUUUUGUGAUGCUGCGUGGGAAAUACAUCCAGCUCACACUCCUAAACAGGCAGGAAUUGGAGUCUUCAUUCAGGUUUAGAAUAAUGAUCGAAUCCAUCAACUUCACAUUACAGCUAUGUCUCCUAUGGCUUCUUCUCCUCUUCAAGCUGAGACUUUUGGUCUCAUGCUUGCAACCAGGCUGGCGGAAAUACUCAAUGUUCAGGAUCCACAUUUCUUUACGGAUUGUUCAGUGCUAGUUUCGGCAGCAAAAUCGACGGACAUUCUCUCUGCUCCAGGUCCAUGGGACAACAGGCCACUGCUUGCACAGAUACAAAACAGUCUUUCUUUUCAGAGUGGCAAAGUUGCUCACAUUAGCAGGGGAAACAAUGUCAAGGCGCAUCAUCUUGCACGCCUAGCUUUGAAAGUUAAAAACAGCCAUGUACAGUUUCGUUGCUUAUGUCUUGAUGCAGGACUUUGUUCAACUAGGGAUUCCCUCUCUGUAUCCAGUGUGCUUCCUUUCACGCUUGUCUCUGUAAAAUGCUCCUAAGUUAAUAAAAUCUUUAUGUUCAAAAAAAAUGAUUUGCAGAACUGCCAGCUCCGGGAUCAUAUAAUUUAUAAUCUCUGAAGCAAAACUCUGCGAGAGUUUCUCUUGUAAAUCUGCUCGCAGCCUGAAAGCUCGGAACAAAUGCACAUAUACAUAUAUAUUAAAAUGUAAGAAGAAUGUACAAUGACUAGUAUAAAAACGGAGUAUGGACUAUGAAGAGGGCAUACAGCUGCCUCCUGUGUUGGCCUGUUGCUUUACAUCGAGAGAAAACCAGUCAAAAAAAUUGAGGAAAAGAAAACCAGUCUUUUUUUUUUGAGGGGCAGUAGAAAACCAGUCAAAUAACCAGCGUCUCCCCCACGGUGAAAAAGAACCCACCACAUCGGCAAGGCUCACUAUUCCCUACAAGCAUGAAGGCCCAUUACGGUCUUCCACUAUUUUGGGCCAGACCAAGAGAUCCAGCCCACUCGUUGCCCACCGCACGUUCCGACAGCGCUCCCGUCUGAAAAAGCAGCGCGGGGAGCAGAAGGCUCGUUUGUUUAGUCCCACAUCGGCUAGCGAAAGAGAGAACGACCAGUUUAUAAGCCGCGCGCUGCAGACAGACUUGUCCCUUCGGGACAUCCGAUAAAAUUGGAACGAUACAGAGAAGAUUAGCAUGGCCCCUGCGCAAGGAUGACACGCACAAAUCGAGAAAUGGUCCAAAUUUUU